AUGUUAGGUCAUAGUAAGGAAAAAUAUAAUAAAAAUGAUGCAAUUAAAAAGGCAUUUUCACUUUUUUCGUUCCCUAGUAAUGAAGAAGAAAAGGUCAUUAAUUUUUGGCCCCUGAAAUUUAAGGAUAAAGAAGAAGAGUUAAUGUAUAUUGUUAAACUAUGUGACAAUAUAGAAAAGAAAAAAUUUGUUUCUUUGAUUUCUCAUUUAAGUUCUCUCUUACUUAUGUACUCCAUUUGUCUAAUUGUUGGAAAGAUUAAUGAUUUGCUUACUAUCCUAAAAUUGACAUUCGUAUUUUUACACGUAUUUGCCACAAUCAAUGUGAUACUAACUCUAGUAUUGCAUUACACACACUAUGUAGAAAAUUUCAAAAUGACUAGAUCCAAGCUUUUUAUUUCUUAUACAAUUUUUGUAUUCAUUUUGUGGUGCUCAUGGCUAUUUAUAUUAUUCAACGAUGUGAAGGACCAUCUACCAGUUGUUAUAAAUGUAAAUAAUUUUUUAUACGCUACCUAUACCCACAACAAAAUAAAUAUCGUGCUAUGCUUUUAUGCAUACCUUCCAGUUUUAUAUUUAAUAACGAUAAUACCGUGCAGAAUAUGUUAUUCAUGCGUUUUCGACGUCUUGUUCUUCAUAAUGAAGGUUGCGAUUUAUUCAGUUUACUAUAUAAUAACGAUGAAAAAUUAUAUCCUGACAGACAACAUCUUUAUGAUAGCCUCGUCACUUGUAGGAAGCAUUUUCAUAUUCGUAAUACGGUACAUCAUUGAAAUUCAAAGGAGAUUAGCAUUUAAUAAUUGGAACAAACAGACAAAACAAAUUAUUAAAUUAAAAAUAAAUUUAAAAAAAGAAAAAGAUAGAUCGUCUGUGACUAAUAUUGAAGAAAUAUAUGAUAUAAUAAAUGAUUCCAUUGGAAAUUACUAUGAAUCAAACUCCACCCCAAAAGAAAAGGAUUUUGCCAUCCUGAAUAAUUUAAAAAAAAUUUUACAUAUUCUAAAAGAAGACAACUUAUUCUCACCAGAUUUGAGAACUAUAAAUAAUAAGAAUUAUAAUCAUAUAUAUGGUUACAUGAUGGACAUAAAAAAAAUUAAGCAACGAUCGGAUGUUAAAAGUGAACCUAGGGAGGAGGAAACAGAAGAGAUCUCUGAAGAAGAGGUGAAUGAACGUGCAGAAAAACCGAAAGAAGAAUCUGAAACGGAAUCACUAAUAGAAUCUAUGUCUGAUCUGAGGAUAAAAAAUGAACAAUAUUUACUGCAUCAAGAAUCUGCAAAAAAGGACCAAAUUAAAUGUGAUAAAAAUGAUUUGGAUAUAAACAUGUGUUCGCGAGAUGUGGACGUCAGCAUUUGUAACACCAAGUUUUUGAAUAGGGACACACUACAUGAUAAUGUUUUUACCGAAAUAGGAAUGAAUUUAUUGAAUAAAUAUUAUACAGUUAAUCAUAACAUACCAAAUGAAACAUUGCAUUCACUCCUUUAUGAGAUGAAACAAGGAUAUAACAAUGUUCCUUAUCAUAAUUGUAUCCACGCAGCCAUGGUAACAGAACAUUGCAAUAUCCUGGUAAACAAUUUAGACACAGCAAAUAUUUUACGAGAUAACGAAAUGGCUGCUUUUUUGGUAGCUGCUUUAGGUCAUGACAUUGGGCACUUUGGGAGAACAAAUCUCUUUCUUAAAGAUUCCGGUAAUUUUUUAAGUGUAAUAUAUAAUGACAAAUCUAUUUUAGAGAAUUAUCACUGCUCAUAUUUGUUUCACAUUUUAUUUAAGGAAGGAAAUAAUAUUUUUAAAAAUGAAUCAUCCAAAACACUCUUAAACUUGAGACAAGAAAUAAUAGAAGUAAUUUUAGCAACUGAUAUGAGUAAGCAUAUAAAAAUAUUAGCUCAAUUUCGUAUUAAAUCUAUUAAAAUUAAAUCAUAUAUAGAAAAGAAUAUUAUAUUAUGCUUAAAAAUGAUUAUAAAAGCUGCAGAUUUGUCUCAUAAUUGUGUUGAUUGGAGUGAACAUUAUUUAUGGGUAAAAAGAUUGGUAAAUGAAUUUUAUCAUGAGGGAGAUGAACAAUUAGAAAAGGGGUAUCAAAUUAAUCCACUUUUUGAUAGAAAUUGCCACAAUAAUUUUAUAAAAAUUCAAAGAACAUUUCUAAAAGAAUUAGUUUACCCCUUAAUUACUUCUCUUAAAACUCUUGACAGAACUUCGAUAACACAAUUUAUGAUGGAUAAGGUUAAACGCAAUUAUUCUAAAUGGACAAAAAUAGAAAAAAAUCCUUCCAAAAAAAAAAAGUACUUAAACGAAUUGAUAAGUAGUCUUCCAGAUUCAUGGAAAAAAUCAUACCAACCUAAUCUAGACAUUUAUAAAGUGCCAAAAUGUACGUGA